AUGAAGCUGCUCUACCCCACCUCCCUCAAGCUCGACACCCAGAGCAUCGAAGGGUUCUCGGUCGAGCUGCAGGCCUACGACGUGGCCGAGCCCAUCCCCGAGGAGCACAUCGACGCCGAGAUCCUCGUCACCUGGGCCAACAAGCCCGGGCCCCUCAAGGACGCCGCCGGCCGCAUGAAGAAGCUGCGCUGGAUCCAGUCCCUGGCCGCCGGCCCCAACGACGUCAUCAACGCCGGCUUCGACGUCGGCAAGUCCGUCCUGCUGACCACGGGGUCGGGGCUGCACGACUUCACCGUCGCCGAGCACGCGCUGGGCAUGCUGCUCAACGCCGCGCGCCGCUUCUACGAGAUGCGCGAGUACCAGGUCCGCGGCCAGUGGCCGGGCCACCUCGGCGGGCCGCAGCCCGACCGCCCCGCCGACCGCUUCGCGACGCUGCGCGACGCCCGCGUGCUGAUCUGGGGCUACGGCAACAUCGCCAAGAAGCUCGCGCCGCACCUGACCCUGCUCGGCGCCACGGUCAAGGGCGUCGCGCGCCACGCGGGCGUGCGUGAGGGCACCGAGGUCUACAGCGAGGACCGGCUGCCCGAGCUGCUGCCACAGACUGACGCGCUCGUCAUGAUCCUGCCCGGGUCGGAGAGCACGCGGCACGCGCUCAGCGCCGAGCGCCUGCGGCUGCUCCCCCGGCACGCGUGGGUCGUCAACGUCGGGCGCGGCUCGUCGGUCGACGAGGCGGCGCUGGCGGACGCGCUGGACGAGGGCCGCAUCGGCGGCGCGGCGCUCGACGUCUUUGAGACGGAGCCGCUGCCCGAGGGCGACCGGCUGUACCGGACCAAGAACCUCGUGCUGUCGCCGCACGCCGCCGGCGGCAGGCCGCAGGGCGCCGAGGCGCUGAUCGCGGACAACCUGCGGCGGUUCAUCGCGGGCCAGCAGCUCAGGAACAAGUUGUAG